AUGGCUCUCUGGCAGCUUUACGCUCUCUCCGUGGCGCUGAUGUGGGGCUGUGUGGUCUCCUCCUCCUCCUCCUACCACACUGCAGUUGCUCCCCCACAAGACCUUCAGAUCACUGAUCCUGGACUCUUAGGUUCUCUCGAUAUAGAGUGGAAACCUCCACCCAACGUACAAACCUUCAAUGAAUGCACAGUAAAAUACAAGUUUGAAUACCGCAACACUGGUGACAGAGACUGGAAGGUUAUUUUUACUAGGAAGCUAAAAUUCAGAGUUGGAUUUGACCUCAGCAGGCCUGCUGAAGUGAAGGUACAGACACUGCUCGAAGGACGGUGUACCGAUGACGUGGAGGUGCAAAGUGACUGGAUUUAUGCUACCUUUCAGGUCCCAUUGCAAGGAAAACUGGAAUCAGAGGUUCAGAAUUUCCAUUGCAUCUAUCAUGACUGGGAAUACCUCAAGUGCACUUGGCAACCAGGUCUUCUCGCUCCUCGUGGCGUACAUUAUGGACUAUAUUAUUGGUAUGAGGGCCUGGACCACGCAGCGCAGUGCGAUGACUAUAUUCGGGAUCAUGGUAUAAACAUCGGCUGCGUGUUGCAAAAUCUGAGCCAGGCAGAAUAUAAGGAUCUGAGCAUUUGUGUCAAUGGUUCAGCGGCAGCCACUCUACUACGGCCGUUGUACGUCACCCUUCGCCUUCACAACCUAGCAAAGCCCUCGCCCCCGAAGCAGCUGGUGGUUUCCAUGUCUGCAUCUGAGGAGCUCCACGUGGCGUGGAACCCGCCCGGCGGCGAAACGCCGCCCCAGUGCCUGGAGUAUGAGGUUCAGCUGGCAGAAGAUCAGGGGGAGGCCAAGGCUGCCUGGGUGCCUGUGUCAACCCAAAUGGAGACCACUUUAACAAUUUCCAGAGCAAAUCAAAGCCACAUUUCAUGUGCUCGUGUCAGGGGGAGAACAAAUAUUUUCUGUGCUGACCAGGGCUUUUGGAGUGAAUGGACGCAGGAGUGUUUCUCUGUGUCCAGAAAAGAGGACAAGCAGCUCUUCAUCCUCAUUCCAGUCAUUCUGAGUUUGUCAAGUAGCCUUAUAGUAUUUAUGUUGAUUGGCCAGUGCAAGAAAAGAUCCCCAGCAGAAAAACCAUUGCAUGCAUCGGUGGGGUGCUAA